AUGUCGACCCUCCCUGUCGUCUUGCUUCUCUUUUGGUUUGGCUGGUCGACAUGGGCGCAAGAAGCGCUCAUUGCGUUCAAUCAAUCCUCUGACGCUCUUUUACUCGCAGACUCCUCGACUGCCCCAACGAUCCUAGUCAGUGAAGAUGAAUGGACGGGCGUGCAACGGGCUGCAAGCGAUCUUGCCCAAGAUAUUGGAUUGGUGACUGGCCUCAAUGCGACUGUCGUGACAUUCAACUCGAGUUUCAGUUCCGAGUCUGCUUCACCAGUCGUGAUUGCAGGCACGGUGGGCAAGUCAAGCCUGAUACAAGCUCUGGCCCGGGCGGGAAAGAUUAACGUGGAUGCCAUCCGAGGGAAGUGGGAGAGCUAUCAAAUACAGAUUGUGUCGGAGCCUGUAGAUGGCGUCAGUCAAGCAGUUGUUAUUGCUGGUGCCGACAAGCGAGGGUCUAUAUACGGCAUAUACGAUAUUUCAGAGCAACUAGGCAUAUCUCCCUGGUACUGGUGGGCAGACGUGCCAACGACGAAACGAGAGUCUAUCUAUGUGCGGAAUAUCACGAAAGUCCAGCCAUCUCCUUCGGUCAAGUAUCGAGGCUUCUUCCUCAACGACGAACAGCCCGCACUCACAAACUGGCUCAACACACGUUACCCUCCGGGCCAAUAUGGUCCUGGCUUCAAUCAUCUUUUCUACUCUACAGUCUUUGAACUCCUCCUCCGACUAAGGGCAAACUACUUUUGGCCGGCUCAAUGGGCCUCUAUGUUCUUCGUUGAUGAUCCGUUGAACGCUGCUACAGCAGACGAAUAUGGGAUUGUCAUAGGUACCAGCCACACCGAGCCGAUGAUGAGAGCAACAAACGAGCAGUCCCUCUUCCUGAACGGCACUUGGGCAUGGGCCACGAACAGAGCAAACGUGACCGACUUCAUGAGACAGGGAGCUGAAAGAGCGAGGCCUUACGAAUCCCUCUAUACGAUGGGCAUGCGUGGGCUUGGAGAUACGGCAUCCCCGACGCUGAACGCAAGCAGCCUGGAACAAAUCGUCAAUGUCCAGCAGGGGCUGCUGCGCCAGGUCUACAACGUCUCCAAUGUUUCAGCCAUUCCUCAGAUGUGGUGUCUCUACAAAGAGGUGGGAGGUUAUUUCGCCGAGGGUCUCGAGGUCCCUGACGAUAUAACGUUGCUGUGGUCCGACGAUAAUUGGGCAAACAUGCAGCGACUGCCGCUCGCCAACGAGACCGAUCGAUCUGGCGGUGCUGGGAUCUACUAUCACGCGGAUUAUGUGGGUGAUCCGAGAGACUACAAGUGGAUCGAUACCAUUUCUCUACCAAAGUACUGGAGCGAGCUGCAACAAGCGUACGAACGGCAAGCUCGCCAGAUCUGGAUUCUCAAUGUGGGCGAUCUGAAGCCGCUGGAAUUACCAAUCAGCUAUUUCUUCGCCACUGCGUACGACGCCCCGGCACUUGCUUCACCAAACAGCACGCAGGUGUGGCUAAGCCAAUGGGUCGCGCGCCAAUUUGGAACCCAAGUUGCAGAUGCCACUGCGACGAUAUUGAUGAACUAUUCCCUCCUCGCAGGACGGCGGAAAUAUGAGCUCGUUGACCCGACGACCUACAGCCUCAUCAACUACAACGAAGCCGACAGCGUGCUCCAGCAGUGGCAAGAUCUGGUCCGUGCUGCUACGGCUAUAUAUGACCAGCUCGACGCGUCCGUCCAGCCCUCGUACUUCGAGCUGGUGCUUCACAAAUGCAUGGCGGGCUACACUGUGUAUGCGAUCCACGCCAACGCCGCGAAGAACAACCUGUACUCGGAACAAGGAAGGACAAGCACCAACGCAUUGGCGCAAAGUGUGAUGGACUACUUUGCACAAGACCACACCUUGACGCAGAGAUACCAUAAUCUGUUGAACGGCAAAUGGCAGCAUAUGAUGGAUCAGACCCAUCUGGGGUACCAAUACUGGCAACAGCCGAUGCGCAACAGCAUGCCUCCCGUGGCAUACGUGCAGCAACGGGAAGUGAGCCUCGCCGGCCAACUCGGCGUCACAUGCGACGGUAACAAUGGGACUGUUCCGGGGGAUGACAUGUAUCAUACGCUUUCGUCGAAUGCGCUUACCUUGCCGCCUAUGGAUCCUUACGGGCCGUCACGAUGGAUCGAUGUCUUCUCGCGGGGAACAGAUUCGGUCAGUUUCAACGUGUCGAGCGAUCCUCACGUCGUCGUCACUCCUUCAAGCGGCGUGCUCCAAGCCUCAGGGAAUACCACCGACAUGCGCCUGGCCGUCACGAUUGAUUGGACAAACGCACCCAAUGGCUCCACGAUGUCCACCAUCAACAUCACCACGACGACCGCAACAGGGGCCUACGACAACGCGACAUACCCCUAUGGCAACUUCAAGAUGCCGCAGGUCCAGGUGCCGGUGAACAAGACCGCGGUGCCUGCGUCGUUCCACGGCUUCGUCGAGUCGGAUCUGACGAUCUCCAUCGAGCCGGAGCACUUCGCGACAAACACCUCCAACGGAUCCGCUUACUAUGAAAUCAUCCCCAGCUACGGCCGCACAGUCUCGGGCGUGGCCUUGCUCCCGUUCACGGCGCAAUCACAAUCCACCCAAUCCUCCUCGGCGCCAAAACUCGGGUACAGCUUCUACACGUUCACGCCCAACGUCACGAACGCGAAUCUGACCCUCAUCGCCGGCACGGCCAUGAACACCGACCCGACUCGGCCACUGAAGUACGCCGUGAGCAUCGACGACGACGCACCACAGGUCGUCCAGCCGAACCCGUUGACAGAUCUGUGGCCCCUGCCCGCCAUGUGGGACGGGAUGGUGGCGAAUGCCGCGAUGACCAACACCACGACUCACAAUAUCACAAGGGCAGGCGCUCACACUCUGAACCUGUGGUUGUUGGAGCCGGGCCUUGUGGUGCAGAAGCUUGUGCUGGAUCUUGGAGGCGUGAGAGAUAGCUACCUCGGACCUCCUGAAAGUACUAUUGUUUGAGGCCGGCAGGAUGGAUGAUCGUGGUCUCCAAGCCACUCGUAAGAAUAGAACCGAACGGAAGGAAUAUACACUCGUAGUAUCAAUUUCUGUAUGCCAUCCGAACGCAGGAGAUCAUGGUGUUGGAC